AUGUCCGCCAUUGGAUCUCUGGUAUUCUGUACGGACUGCGGCAACCUCCUGCCUGCGUCCAAAGGAGAGCAGAGGGGCAUCCUCAUAUGCGACUGCUGCAGAAAGGAGAACAAAGAUACCGGUUCAAAGGUCAUCACAACAGAAACAAAACCUUCCGACUUUCCAUCUCAGCUGAGGCAAAAACUACAAUCGAAUGUCCAGACGGUGGAGAGGCACAAGGUUCGGACCGAGGCAGUGACAAAAGAACCGUGCCCGAGGUGUGGACGUGACGAGGUCUACUAUACACAAGUGCAGCUGCGCAGUGCAGACGAAGGCAGUACGACGUUUUUCACUUGUAAAUGUGGCUAUAGGUACGUUACUCAUAUUUCCAACCGACACUUUCGACCUCCGGUAUAG